CUGGACAUAUUUGAUCCAGCAGAGAAUCCAUCAUGAGGGCUCUGGUGUUUCUGCUCUUGGUGGCUUUGGCCAGCGCUAGGAUCUAUAACCGCUGUGAAUGGGCCCAAAUUCUGCAGAGCUAUGGGAUGGACGGCUACUAUGGCUACAGCCUGGCCAACUGGGUUUGCCUGACCCAGUGGGAAUCGGACUUCAACACCGACGCUACCAACUACAACAGCUGGGACGGAUCCACUGACUACGGCAUCUUCCAGAUCAACAGCCGCUGGUGGUGUGACAAUGGCCAAGGGCCCACUUCAAAUGGAUGCAACAUCAUGUGCAGCGAGCUUCUGACUGAUGACGUCGGCGUGGCCAUCAACUGUGCCAAACGUAUUGUUAGGGAUCCCAACGGCAUCGGAGCCUGGGUGGCCUGGCGCAGUCACUGUAGGAACCGUGACCUGAGCUCCUACGUGGCAGGAUGUGGUGUGUAAUCAACACGUGGAACCAAGAAGCUGCCAGUGACACAGAGUUCUCAGCUUCUGUGGAGCGAAAUAUUUCUGCUCUUUCUAUGUUUGAUCUGACAGAAGUAAAACACACAAUUGCUAAAGCUACAGACACUUGUUCCUGACUCAAGUGAAUUCAAACUUUCAAUGUGUUUAGUUUGAACCUUACUUGAUGUAACAGAUCUAAUCAGAGAACUGUGGUGAUUUCAACCUGUGUCUGUUGUUAUUGCUCUCAUUUUAAAACCAGAUUAAACUGCUGAUUUCCACGAA